UGUCGUCAUAAGUACGCGCCGCCACCGCCGCCGCUCGCCGUGGGGAACUGGAAAGCUGUCAUGGCGAGUUCGGCUGCUUCCUCGGUGCGACCGCCGAGGCCCAAGAAAGAGCCACAAGCGCUCGUCAUCCCCAAGAAUGCGGCAGAAGAGCAGAAGCUCAAGCUGGAGCGGCUCAUGAAGAACCCGGACAAAGCAGUUCCGAUUCCAGAAAAAAUGAGUGAAUGGGCACCCCGGCCUCCCCCAGAAUUUGUUCGAGAUGUAAUGGGUUCCAGCGCUGGGGCUGGCAGUGGAGAGUUCCAUGUGUACAGGCAUCUGCGCCGGAGAGAGUACCAGCGACAGGACUACAUGGAUGCCAUGGCUGAGAAGCAAAGAUUGGAUGCAGAGUUUCAGAAGAGACUGGAAAGAAAUAAAAUCGCUGCAGAAGAGCAGACAGCAAAGCGCCGAAAAAAGCGCCAGAAGUUAAAAGAGAAGAAAUUAUUGGCAAAGAAGAUGAAACUUGAACAGAAGAAACAGAAAGAAGGAUCCAGUCAGUCCCAGGAGCAUCCAUCCAGUAGCUCCGAGGAAGCAUCUGGAACGGAGGAGGAGGAGGAGGAGCAGCCCAGCUUCAUCAUGGGUCGAUGACAGUGUUUGCUGUAGCAACUCUCUGCGGCCUAACCCAUGCUGUGACCAGGACCUCAGGAAACUGUCCACACAACCCGAGGGAAAAGGAAUGUGUGUUUCAACUCAGUUUCCCUCCCAACGCUUUGCUGGAGAGAAGCAAGUGGGAUCCCCUCCUGAUCAUUCCCAGCCCCACCUGUCAGCAGGACGCUGAGCCUGUGGGACAGAGAGGACCGUCUGUUGGACACUGUCUCUUGGACACUCACGGCUGCCAGGCAGAGUUCAUUCAUGUUCCUGCUGAUGGGGAAGAUGUGUAACCUUCUGCCCCUGAUCCCUGUUCUGCUAUUUGGACAGUGAUGAGUUUAGGCUUCUGUGAAAGAAAUGUUUAGUAAAGAGCAGAAACAUCUUA